CGCUUUCCUUCUUUCACCACCAUCGUCGUCGACACCACAAGUGUUACUCGCCUUCUCUAUAAUUUGUCGAAACACAUAACUCAGUGCAUACAACAUGUCUGGACGUGGAAAGGGUGGCAAGGGUCUCGGAAAGGGCGGUGCCAAACGUCACAGGAAGAUUCUUCGCGACAACAUCCAGGGUAUUACCAAGCCAGCUAUUCGCCGUCUUGCCCGUCGUGGUGGUGUGAAGCGUAUUUCAGGUCUCAUCUACGAGGAGACCCGUGGUGUCCUCAAGAUUUUCUUGGAAAAUGUUAUCCGCGACUCCGUCACUUACACCGAACACGCUAAGCGGAAAACGGUUACUGCUCUUGACGUCGUUUAUGCCCUGAAGCGGUCGGGGCGCACUCUAUACGGUUUCGGUGCAUGAUUUAUUCACUUGUAUAUGUAGUAUGUACCAGUAGUGCAUUAAAUAUCUCCCUCAUCAGACCAGCCAUUUAUCGUCCUGGCGUCCUUUCAAAUAUCCAUGAUUGUGUGUAGACCCCAGUGUUGUGUUCAGGCGAGCUCGGGGUGGGUUUUCGUUUCU